AGUACAUUAUGAUUCAAGAGACGGAAGUUCAAACAAUGACCCAAUGUUACUUUCCUAUUAUUUACGACGGAAUAUGCGGUUUGUGGUGCCGCGGAUGAUAUGUAACAAACAUCGAGUUUUCGACCGAUUAAUAUCCUACCUUGUAUUCAUUGUAUCAUGGUUCUAAAUGGUACAUCUUGGCUAUUUUCAUACAACCGGCAACGCCAAACAAGCGCCCGAGGUUUCCCUUUUUUAUCGGGCUGGCACUACAUAACCUCAAUUCCGCUUAAAUUUAUUAUUGAUUUACCCCCCCGAAAAGAAAUUCUAUGGUUUUUGAGCUGAAAUCGGCGUUAAUUGUGGCCGCCUUCAACAUCCACAUUGUGAAUUUGUCUUCUUUGACACCAGCCCAGGGUGAGUUAUGAGCGCCGAAUUGAAGUCCAGACGAAAAGGGCGGCAGCCGGAACCCAGCAGCAGCCCCAAAAAGGCGGCAAAACAGGAGGAACCCUCGAAGACAGCAAGUGUGCCCUAUCGCUACGGUCCUUUGCCGCGCUUUAACGGCCAACGACUUUUCAGCAGGGGUGUUAUCAUUGUAGGAGUGGUGAUCUACGUGUGGUAUUUUUCCAAAGACGGCAAAGAAACCAGUCUUGCUAAGCAGGGCUCCGUGUACAAUGGUCGGGGGGUUCACGUGGAUUGCGAUGAGGAAUACUUGGAGGAAAUCAAGCGAUAUUCUGGAUGCGUCCCCAAGAGAUGUGGACGUUAUGUCAGUGACGUGAUAGUAACGGAUUAUGAGGCUACAACUCUUUUGUGGCUGGCAAAGAGAGGAAUGUCGUUUGGCGGGUCCAGCGGAGGGGCCACGAUCAUGGACUUGCAUUCAGGGGCUUUGUCGUACAAGAAGAAUUUCAUAAACAUGUACAAGAGCGUAAAGACGAAUUUCAUCACUCCCACUGAUUUGAGGGUUUACAAAGACGUGCGCCAGAAAAUCCAGAGUGCUAUCGCAGACUCUUUUGGCCUGGACGUUAACAAACUCUUCCUCACCCAUCCGACGUUUUUCUCGCGACUGACCAGCGAAGCCCCCUCGCAUGACCACGACGAAUACUGGCACGUCCAUGUGGAUAAACACACUUACGAGUCCUUCCAUUACACCUCGCUGGUUUACUUGAACGAUUUCCGCGUGAAUUUCAAAGGCGGGCGCUUUGUGUAUUUGGAUAACAUGAAAAACCCCCGCGCCAAUGUUACGGUGGAGCCCCGCAAGGGGCGCGUCUCUAUAUUCACGUCAGGGGCCGAAAACCCCCAUUUUGUGGAAAGAGUGACUGAAGGAGAAAGGUUUGCCAUCACCAUAUCAUUCACCUGUGAUUCAAGCAAACAGAUCAGGGACCCUAGUUUAAGCAUCAAAGGGGGCAAAAGUGAAGAACGAAGACGUUUUGCGGAUAACUGAUGAAGACUACAGCAGCUACAUAAGCAACACCAACAUCAAGAAGAAGUUGAAGCCAUUGAAUAAAGCAAUAGACGACAUGCUAGCACGUCUUUGUGUGCGUAAAUCGACAGCACUGAGUUCCUGGUGAAUUCUUAUUGCUGAAGGAAGAACAAACGCCAGAGCACCAACAUGGACCUGUGAUGGAACUGUUCAAGAGCGAAGACUAUUUCCAGGCGAAAGACACUGGUGAAUGACGCACCAGAAUUUUUGUAAAACGAUUAAAGGAGCAUAUUUAAAUAAA